ACGACAAAUGCCAUAACUUUGACACCUCUAUCUUUCUCUCUCUCGCCUCACUUACAGCUCACUAAUAGAAAGCAGUAGCCCUUUUACAUAACCGGCUUUUUAAGACCAGUGAUUUACAUUGUAUUAUUUUUCAGUUGUAGUACUUGCAGCAACUUUUCAUUUUCUUUUGGAAUCUUUCGUCUUCUUCAAUACUUGUGUUUUCUCAGUAACCAAACAUGGGUCCAUUGUUGUUUUCUGUCGAAUGUCUGUUUUGAUAGGGUUUCGUUGGUAGCUUUUGGCUUUGAGAUAGAGAAGGUGUUAGUUGCACUUUUAUUCCAAGCAAAAAUGUUUGGUUUCUCUCGUAGACGCAUGAAGCUUGGCAGUUCUGUCCAAAAAGUUAGAUUUUGACUUUGAUGCUGAUAUAGUGCUUCUAAAUUUGAAUUCCAAUUAUGUUGCUCUUCAGAGUGAAGAAGGUGCAACUGUCAGAUUCGACACUCGUAACUAGAAGUCCCGUUAGAACCCAGAAGCGAAAUCCCAAUGGUGAAGGUGCUGCCCCUACAACCAGUCAUUUCGAUGAGCUUGAUUGUCAGUGUUCGUCUGCUCCACCCGAGAUUAAUAGCUCUACUUCAGGGAGCUCUGAGAAUUGGAUGGUGUUGUCUGUAUCUGGGGAAAAACCCAUGCCUCGUUUCAAUCAUGCUGCGACUGUGAUUGGUAAAAAAAUGAUUGUGGUUGGUGGUGAAUCUGGAAAUGGAUUGUUAGAUGAUGUACAGGUGCUUAAUUUUGACCAAUUUACCUGGACCGCAAUUUCAUCUAAGCUUUACUUGUCACCAAGCAGCCUGCCGUUAAAGAUUCCUGCAUGCAGAGGCCAUAGUCUGGUUUCAUGGGGGAAGAAGGCACUUCUAAUUGGAGGAAAAACUGAUCCUGCUAGCGAUAGAAUUUCAGUUUGGGCAUUUGACACAGAAACAGAGUGCUGGUCUCUUUUGGAAGCAAAAGGGGAUGUGCCGGUUGCUCGCAGUGGUCAUACAGUAGUUAGGGCAAGCUCUGUUUUAAUUCUAUUUGGAGGUGAAGAUGGUAAGAGGAGAAAAUUAAAUGAUCUACAUAUGUUUGAUUUGAAGUCUCUAACAUGGCUUCCCUUACAUUGCACUGGAACAGGGCCAUCUCCAAGAUCCAAUCAUGUGGCUGCUCUUUGUGAUGAUAAAAUGCUUCUUAUAUUUGGAGGAGCAUCAAAGUCGCGAACUCUGAAUGACUUGUAUUCACUUGACUUCGAAACGAUGGUUUGGUCGAGAAUAAAGAUACGAGGUUUCCAUCCGUCUCCAAGGGCUGGUUGCUGUGGAGUCUUAUGUGGAAAUAAAUGGUACAUUGCUGGGGGUGGUAGCAGAAAAAAACGACACUCAGAAACUUUGAUUUUUGAUAUUCUGAAAGUGGAAUGGUCUGUGGCCUUUGCAUCAUCCCCAUCUUCUAUCACAUCAAAUAAGGGAUUUAGCCUGGUGCUUGUGCAGCACAAGGAAAAGGAUUUUCUUGUUGCAUUUGGAGGAUCCAAAAAGGAGCCAUCAAAUCAGGUUGAAGUUAUAGGCAUGGAUAAGAAUGAAUCCAUGGGUCGACAGUCUGCUGCUAAUAAAGGUACUGGACGUUUGUUGUUUGGAAAACGCUCAUCAUCCGUAGGGCUGGCUGCACAACUUACUACUGGUUCUUCCCAGCGUUCGGUUGAUUCCACUGCAAGACAAAAUUUGGCAUCUGCAGUUGAGCAGCAUGGAUCUGCUAGGAAAUCUCUGUCAGAGACACUUGUUGAUCCAAAUCCUGGCAAUGUCUCACUGCGCAAGCAAUUUCAUGAUGAAGAACACGGUACAGCUGUUAAGAUGGUGAAGAAUUUAGAAGAAGGAACUUCUUCAUCUCCUGCAAGGGAGCAUCGAAUGAAUCAAACACAUAUGCCAAUUCAGACUAACAUUUCUAUAGGUAAAAUUAUUGCGGAGGAGGCAUCUUGUGGAUUUGAAUCUGAAAAUUUGAACUCCCAAAACCCAGCAAUUGGAAACCAUCCAGUUGACAAUGAUGACGUAUUAGUACCAGAGACUGAUGGUAUGGCAGGAGGUGCUCAUUCAAGCAUAUAUCAAUUGUAUGAAACAAAAAUAGCUGCUCUAAUAAGAAAAAAUGGGGUUCUAGAAGGACAACUGGCUGCUGCAUUAUCAAGUCGAGAUUCUGCAGAGAAAAAUCUAUCAUCUGUUCUGAAGAGUAAACAAGAGUUAGAGAAAAAGUUGACAGACGCACUGAGGGAGAUGGAAUUGUUAAAAGAGAGGUUAGCUAGUGUAGAGCUAGCACAAGAAGAGGCCAACAGCUUAUCAAAUAUUGUUCAUUCCGACAAUGUAAGGUUGGAGCAUGACGUGGCUUUCCUUAAGGCAGUUUUGGACGAUACGCAGAAGGAGCUACAUUCUACAAGGGGAGUCCUUGCAGGGGAAAGGGCUAGAGCAUUCCAACUACAGGUUGAAGUGUUUCAUCUUAAACAAAGAUUGCAAUCUAUGGAAAAUCGAGUUCCCACCCCAAGAAAACCAUUCAAUGUCUAGCAAGUGAAAAUUGAAAGGAUAAAAAUAGCAAGUGAAGGCAAGAACAUGCUAUGCUAUCCGACUGGUCAACCUGUCCCAAACUUUAAUUUAAAAAACCACGUUGAUGUGCAUGUAAUGCAUACUUGUUUUGUUGAAAAUAUAAUUUUACUAAUUUGUGCCUAGAAUUUAUAGUUUCAAUUAGUACUCCUUUCAAGUUUAGAUUUUGCUUAUAAAUGCUAUUAAUUUUAGUAAACUUUAGGCCAACUAGUUUUAUAAAAACAAAAAUGUAAAGUUCCAAUUAAAACUUUACUUAAUAGUAAACCUGAAAAUUUAAAUUUGGAAAGUGAAUUACAUAAGAGUUCAUUUGAUACCCAAUCAAGUUCUUAAGCUCUUUUUAUGACAUUACAAUUGAAAAGGAGCAAUAAUACAACAUCAGUCAAAAUAUUCAUUUUUACAUCGCCCGUGAGACCUUCAGGCUUCAUUGAAUCCUUAAUGAUAUCUUCUUACGGCAACAGUUUUGAAAAAAAAAAAAAAAAAAAAAAAAA